UCUAAGCGACAAACAAAGUUACCUUUGCCCUGCUCCGGAGUGUCAUUUUCUGUAAGAGAGAUGGCGCUAGCUGGAGUGCGUGUGAUUGAGUUAGCCGGACUCGCCCCAGCACCCUUCUGUGGAAUGAUCUUGUCUGAUUUCGGGGCCCGGGUGAUCCGUGUAGAUCGGACAAAGGUCACCAUGGCGAUGGACUCACAAGCAAGAGGCAAACGAUCUGUUGCUUUGAACCUGAAGAGUCCACAGGGUGUGGCUGUGCUGAAAAAACUGUGCCUUCAGGCAGAUGUAGUUCUUGAACCCUUUCGGAAAGGCGUGAUGGAAAAACUGGGUUUGGGCCCUGAAGUGCUGCUGGAGGAAAAUCCUCGGCUUAUUUAUGCUCGGCUCACAGGUUAUGGACAGAGUGGCUCCUACGCCAAAGCUGCAGGACACGACAUUAACUACCUAGCCAUGUCUGGACUACUAUCCAUGCUGGGCCGUAGUUCAGAGAAACCCUACGCCCCACUAAACUUGAUGGCUGACUUUGCAGGAGGAGGCCUGAUGUGUACUUUAGGGAUCGUUCUGGCUUUACUGGAGAGGAGCAAAUCAGGCCAGGGGCAAAUUAUUGAUGCCAGUAUGGUGGAGGGAGCAGCGUAUGUCGGUUCCUUCAUGUGGAAGUCUCGCAGCCUCGGUCUGUGGAACCGGCCCCGUGGGGAGAACUUGCUGGACAGUGGUGCUCCGUUCUAUGACACGUAUCAGACCUCUGAUGGGAAGCACAUGGCUGUGGGAGCCAUUGAACCACAGUUUUAUGAACAACUGAUCCAAGGCCUUGGAUUGGAUGCUGCAUCCCUCCCACCACAGUUGAGCAUGUCUGAUUGGCCAGAGCUUAGACGGACAUUCACUCAGGUAUUCGCACAAAAGACGCAGGCGGAGUGGAGUAAGAUCUUUGACGGGACAGACGCCUGUGUGACCCCCGUGCUGCCUCUGGAUGAAGCCGGGUCACAUCCCCACAACCGAGAGAGGGGCUCUUUUUUAAUGGACGCUCAGGGCGAGGUCAGCCCUCGUCCGGCACCCGUCCUUUCCCGCACCCCAGCUCACCCGUGUCUCUCUCGUGACCCGGUAGUGGGUGAGCACACUCGCUCUGUGCUGGAGGAGUGCGGCUUUGACUCGGCUCAUAUCGAACAGCUGCUGUCAGCUGGCAUUGUAGAGUGCAAUGAAGCCAAAGCACGUCUAUAAUAUGAUGAAAAAGCAGCAGCAGCAUUGUGAAUUGUGACACACCCACGCACGCACGCACGGACACACACACACACACACACACACACACACACACACACACAGCCUUUCUGCCUCAUAUACCUACCGCCUUCAGCAGAAAACUGUUGUGUGAAGAGCUAUUAAGCUCAAAUUAACCAUCUUUUGAUUCCAAAGUUUUUAUCAGAGUUUGCAGAGAGUAGAUUUGACAGUGAUGAGAUGUUUUGUCCUUUAAAUGCACAGCUCUUUACUGUGAUUAUUCUCCAUCACAGAGCUGAAGUGAGUCUGAAAUCUGUCUUUAAAGUCUCUUUGAUCAUCACUAUUAAGCUUUCAAUUUACAGCAAAGAGAUUUGCUAAAGCGUGUUUAAUGAUAACUGUCUCUAUCCACAACAUAAGGUAAAUAUCAAUCUAAGAUUUUUAAUUAAACUAGCAAAGGGCUCAUCAGAAUUAAUGGCACCCUUAGUAUUAAAAAGGACAUUAAGGAGCUCAGUUUGUCUGCCUACUUCUGAAUGAUUUUUUGUGUUUUUUUUUGAAAAUCAACCAGCCGUGUCUUUUGGAAUAAAUAAUUUUUUUUCUUCCUGAAAAGCAAUAACUUUUUUUUUUUUAGAAACCAGUAAUGAGUUUCUGGUAAUCUUUAAAACUAAUACCAGUACCCAUCAGUAGGUUAUCUGUAGGUUACACCAUGUUGUUAACAUUAUUUACACACCAGGUCUCACUCAUCGUAUCUGCCCUGAGUGGCCUUACUCAGCAACCAGUAAUGCAAAGUAAUUGUGAUAGAAACUAAUUUAAUAAAGAGUUUCUAUAAAACUUCUCUGUAAUAAAUCCCAAAGCAUGCUGUUCACCAGGGCAAGUCAUUCACUGACCCUAUCUAAUUGUAGAACAUCUGCUGGUUAAAAUAUCAAUUCCAUAUACUGUAAAUCUUGGUCUUCCUCAUUUUUGAAAUAUCACACUAAUGAAUUUUGGAGAUAUGCACUGAAGUUCAUUUGCUGAAAUUUGCUCAGAAGGACAUGGGUUUAAAUGUGCCAGCACUGGGCCCAUAACCAUCAAUUGCUCUUUGUUGACAUUUAACAAUUGAUACUUGAUUGGAUCGAUAGUAACUCUGCAUUAAUCCUAAUCAUCCCCUUGUUAGUGAGAUAUAGAAUAAAAAUUCUGACUAAAUAUUCGGAAAAGAGAAUGCCUGCUGUGGCAGAGUUUGUGUGGGUGUUUGUUUGAGACAGAAAAACAAAAUAAAGAAAGAGAGAGAGAGUUUGAGUUUCUAUCCUAUUGUUGAUUUUUCAAUAUUCAUUUACUUGCUAAUUUGUACUUGCUAAUAAUUUUUUUUUAUUCUUAAAAAAAAUUUGCUUGAUUUGAAAAUACUGAUUGUGACUGAGCUACUGUAUAAAUAGCAUUUUUUUCUCUAAUAUUGACUUUGCAGGACUUUAUAGUUAGAUAAGUUAAGUUUAAAUGAUUUAUGUGUAAUGCUGUGCUCACACAGAAUGAGUAAAGUGAACAUUUAUACUGUCUCAUAUAUCUGUAAUGAGUGAAAGUGCACAUCUAGUUAUACAUUGAUUCUUUAAAAAAGGACAUUGCAUUUAAUAUUAGACCCUGCAUUUUGCAGGGUCUAAUGUGGUUCUUCCACAAAUGGUUACCACAAUACUGGAGGCACACAAUAUUAAAGGAUGCCUUUGGAGGCUGCAACAU